UUCAAUCUUCAAUCCAUGAUAUGUAUUACUUAACUACUCGUAUAUCGUGAACCAAAAGCAAUUAGGUAGGGUAGGUACACACUAUAUACGAGUAUGUAGAUACCUACAUCCUUCUUAGCUAGUACGGGUAGUACUAGUAUUACCAUGAAAUGAACUCACGAGAAGAAAAGCUAAACUUGCACAUACAAGUUUAAUUAUAAAGACGAAUGGCCCGCUUCAAGCUUUUUCAAAGGCAACAGUGAUGUGAUGACUUUCCUUCAUCCAUUAACAGGGCUCAGCAAUUAACGUUAUGUUAUAGGAUAGAUAGAAUCUAAUACAUUCUACGUCCGUGCUUCACGUGAGGUACUAUUGCCUCAGGUCAAAUCAAACUUCAGGAUGAUACGUGGCGUAAGUGAAUAAAGUUUUAAGAGGUGUUGUCUAAUACGGUUUAGUGGGUCACGUAGGGGUUCUAAUACAUGCACCGGCAGGGCUUCUGGCCUGUUAUUGACAACGCUUACACACCACAUAUUCACAAGCUUGGCAGAAAUAAUCGGAUCCCUGAAUAAGUCUAGUGAUUGCGAAUAUCGAAAUCUUGUUAUACUGGAAUGCAAGUCGCAGGUGGGAGAAGAUGAGCUGUGAAUGGGUAGGCUGUUCGGUGCUGCCAGUGAACGGCGCCAUGGCGCCCGGGCUGCUCCUCUGUGCUGCAUGGUAUUACACCAUAUUAGCUGGGUUCUAUCUCUUGUACUGUCCGGUCAUGUAUCUAAUGUUCUUCCAUCACAAACUAUAUAGGAAGAUUGUUGAUGUUCUUUUUGCGUUAUGGGAAUUGUAUCCAGUGGCGCUUUUCCAAUGGUGUUCUAACGCGGAAAUGCAUCACUACGGUGAUUACGUAAAUCCUGAUGAAAGGACCAUCAUUGUUAUGAACCAUCGCACACGAGUGGACUGGAAUUAUGUUUGGAUAGCAUUGUACCACGCUACUCAAAGCGGUAUCGAAUGUGCAUGUAAAAAGAAACCUAAUGCAGAGACUACAGAGAGCCAUGUACUGGAUGUCGGUGGACGAUCUAAGAUCAAGUUCGUUUUAAAGGACGAGUUAAAGGCCGUUCCGGGAAUGGGCUGGAUAAUGCAGCUGAACUUUUUCCUAUACGUGAAGAGGAAUUGGCGCGAGGACCAGUUAAGCCUGGCUCAGUUCGUGGACUACUACAAGAGACUGAGCUGCCCCUGUCGAAUCGUGCUGUUCCCGGAAGGAACGGACUUGAGCGAAGAAAAUAAACGACACAGCGAGAGAUUUGCCACGACACAUAACUUACUAUUGUACGAGUACGUGCUCCACCCUCGCACCACAGGGUUCGCAGCGCUGUGCUCACGGCUCCGCGGCGCCGGGCUCUCGUCUGUAUAUGACGCCACCGUGGCGUACGACGUCCCUGCGCAGACCGAGGCCGACCUGCUGAGAGGGCAUAUGCCCAAACAUAUCUACUUCCACUUCAAGCGCUACCCCAUUGAAGAUCUUCCACUCGAAGACGAUAUGCUCAAGUCAUGGCUGAAUGACCGUUGGCGCGAAAAAGAAAGUAGUUUACGGAAAUUCCAUAAAAACGGCCAGUUCUUAGACAGCACGACAAGGCGGCCUCCCUCGAAGCGGCCGCCGCGUUCGCUCCACGUGGCGCUGCUCGGGUUCAUCUUCUGGCUGCUGGUCGACGCUGUCUUCGCCUACGCGCUGCUCACCAACGUCCUGUUCCGCUUCUGGGUCCUCUACCACACACUCCUAUUUAUAUUCGUUACAUGGUAUUUCGGCGGGUUUCAAAACAUUCAAUAUAAACUAUCCGAAAGUCUAAAGGUGUAGCUAGUCUUUAAUA